CAGUGCUCAGUGUUACAGAGACGGCACACCACAAGCCACACGCCAGUCGCGCGUCGACCGCCGUGCGUGUCGCACGUGUAGUGAGUGUUGUGACAAUAUGGUGACUGUAGCGAGCCCGCAUACAGACAUGCAGGAGGCGAAGAAGACAGAUAACAGACGGAGUAACAAGCCUAUUAUGGAGAAGAGAAGACGAGCGCGUAUUAACAACUGCUUGAAUGAAUUGAAGGCAUUAAUACUUGAUGCAAUGAAAAAAGACCCGGCGCGACAUUCAAAAUUAGAGAAGGCAGAUAUUUUGGAGAUGACUGUCAAACAUUUGGAGGGUCUGCGAUCUGAAGGCGCCGGUUCCCCCGACCGCUUCAAGGCUGGUUAUAGACAUUGUUUGUCUGAAGUGUCCAAGUUCCCCGGCUUGGAUACAGGCUUGAAGCGCCGCCUCGUGAAGCAUUUGGAGGGUUGUGUCAACGUGAACAGACCGCUCACAGCGCCGACCCCGCCAUCAGACGUCGAUGAUACAUCACACUCUACAAUAUUCAUAUCAGCUGGACCGGGUUCUGGGGUGCGAUUGGUGCCAACGAGAUUAUCUAAUGGGGAUAUCGCUUUGGUUCUACCAGCUGGAGUGAGCGCUAGUACGCUGGCAGCUGUUCCGACGUUACUACCGCUAUCACCUCGCGAGGUAUCCUCUGCGUCAUCGGAGCCUCGAUGUUUGUCACCCGCCAGUUCUGGUUGGGGCAGCCCUCCGCCAUCGGAGGAACAAGCGCCUCUCGCGUUGGUCACCAGAAGACAGCCAGAGGAGAAACCGUGGCGUCCGUGGUGAUUUCUAUGAUUACAAAUUAUAUAUCUGUGAUAUUAUUUUAAUUGUCGCUGGCUGAGUGAGUGAUUAGUUCCUAUGACGUUUCAGCAUGUAAAGCUAGGUCAGUAAAGUGUGAUAACAUUAGACUAUGGACUUCGUAUAGUUUCAGAACAAUAUUCUAGUGUUAGUCUUCCCUAAUAUUUUAUAGUGUUGUAAAUUUUAUAUGACAUCUAAGGCAGUAUUUCAUUAAAUCGGACUGACGUCCAAUAUAUUGACAGAUUAAUUUUUUUUUUUAUUAAAUAUCGUAAAUGUAAGCACUAAGUGCCAGUAGACAUACUUAACAUAUUUAUAUAAGGCAACACUGUCUCUUUCAGAUUUAGAAAAUUAAUUCAACUUGUAUGUUUAUAACAAUGGAAUGUUUAUUAAUAAAUAGAUAAGUAGAUGAUAAUGAAACUGAAUUCUGCGUGCCUUAUACAGCAAAAUCGUAUAGUCUUCCAAUUUUUAAGGUGUAUGAGUUAUUUUAGUUGCAUAGUAUAAAACUAAGAAAUGCUUAUAUAAUAUUGUUACCAUUUAGAAAUCGUCUUCACAGUUACCAGAAUAUGGACAAAAAGUACUCUUACCACAGGUUUACAUGUCGAACUUAAUACAUAUAGUAAAAAUUUUUCAUUCGUAUACCCAUUACCCUACAUUGAUAAUGUCACGUACGACUUCUUAUAAAUGAUAUAUUGGAAGCUGUGUGUGUUAGUUUCGAUUUGAGAGAUUGUGGUAAGGGCAGAGAUUGUGUUUUUUUUUUUGUAAAUAACCGACGUGAAUCGUAAAAUUACUUUCAUCAGAAUAUAUGAUAAAUCAAAAUUGAAUACAGCCAGCGUAUUUUAUUUAAUUGUUCUUAAUAUUUCAUAAGAAACUAAAAACGAUAUUGAGACAUUACAUUGACAAAAUAUUCCACGCUUCCAUUGCGAAUGAAGCCGUAUAAUAAAUAAAAAGAGAUAUAUUAUAGAUUUAUGUACUGAAUAAUUUAGUUCUUCCACACAUUAAGAAGUCGAUGGAGAAAAUCAUUUAGAUAAUGUCUAUGUCGCAUCCGAUUAUAACAAACUCCCCAACAUUUUAAUAAUCGUAACUAGACAUAAUGAGAACAAUAUUGAUAAAUAUUUUGUAAAUAUAAAUGUAUAUAAGUUUUCGGAGUAAAUGUCAAACUGUUUAUUUAAAUCCAGUGAUAUUAAUUUUAUUUAAGAUAAGUUGAUGUACCUAAAAGACGCGCCAUUUACCUAUGUAUGUACAAAUAAAAAAUAUUAUAAAUGUA